CUCCCUCCUUUUCCUUUUUUUCCACAUCUUCACACUAGCUUUUCAUGUUUUCUUGGCCUCCAUGUGGGUCUUGGGCUAAGAAACCAUCCAACAUUAGCUGCAUUGCAUUUCGUUGCUGACAAGUUGUCUCCCUUGGACUUGUUCUGUUCAUUUCCUUGUGUGAAGCUCCCAAAAGGGAAGAAAGUAUUCAUUUUUCUUUGAGGGUGCCUUCAGUUUCUUCUCAUUGCCACUGCUUUCAUCAUUUCACAAUUCUCAUUGGGAAAAGUACCCGACAGUGAUAGUUUCUUCCAACCGUGUUUUUUCUUGUUUCUGUCUGUGUUGUGCAACAUAACUUCUUCUGGGGUUAAGUUGAGAAGUUGAUGUAGAAGUUUUGGUUUUUGUGCUAUUGGGUUCUGAGAAGUUUGAGUUUGGUUGCUACAGUGCAUUAAAGUUGAUCAAGUGAAUUGUAGUAGGAUUGGUAGAAUGGCAGGAGGAGGAGCUGCACCACAACCCAAGCAGGAUGAGCAUCAACCACAUCCAGUGAAAGAUCAACUACCAAAUGUUUCCUUCUGCAUUACAAGUCCUCCUCCCUGGCCGGAGGCAAUCCUACUUGGUUUCCAACAUUACCUGGUGAUGCUAGGGACAACUGUUCUGAUUCCCAGCUCUCUUGUUCCCCAGAUGGGAGGAGGAAAUGAAGAGAAAGCAAAAGUGAUUCAGACUCUACUGUUUGUGGCUGGCAUAAACACCUUUUUCCAAACAUUCUUUGGGACUCGUUUGCCUGCAGUUAUUGGGGGAUCCUACACCUUUGUGCCAACAACCAUUUCAAUCAUUCUGGCAGGUCGCUACAGUGACAUUGUGAAUCCUCUGGAGAAAUUUGAGAGGAUAAUGCGCGGAACACAGGGUGCCCUCAUUGUUGCCUCAACCUUACAAAUUGUUCUUGGCUUCAGUGGCCUUUGGCGCAAUGUAGUGAGGUUCUUAAGUCCUCUCUCUGCUGUUCCCUUGGUUGCUCUAUCAGGCUUUGGGUUGUAUGAACUGGGUUUCCCUGUGCUUGCAAAGUGUGUGGAGAUUGGGCUGCCAGAAAUCAUCAUCCUAGUAGUUUUUUCUCAGUACAUUCCUCAUAUGAUGAAAGGAGAAAAACCUAUCUUUGAUCGCUUUGCAGUAAUAUUCUCAGUGGCAAUUGUUUGGAUUUAUGCUCAUCUUCUUACAGUCGGUGGAGCUUACAGAAAUUCAGCUCCUAAAACUCAAAUAACUUGCAGAACUGAUCGAGCAGGAAUUAUAGGGGGUGCUCCUUGGAUAAGAAUCCCUUACCCUUUUCAAUGGGGAGCUCCUACAUUUGAUGCUGGAGAAGCUUUUGCUAUGAUGACUGCUUCAUUUGUUGCUCUAGUAGAGUCAACUGGCGCCUUCAUUGCUGUGUCAAGGUACGCAAGUGCAACACCAAUUCCUCCUUCAGUUCUUAGCCGUGGUGUUGGUUGGCAGGGAGUAGGAAUUCUGUUAUCUGGAAUAUUUGGCACAGGGAAUGGAUCAUCAGUUUCUGUAGAGAAUGCAGGGCUGCUAGCUUUGACACGUGUAGGUAGUAGAAGAGUUGUUCAAAUAUCAGCGGGAUUCAUGAUCUUCUUCUCAGUUCUUGGAAAGUUUGGAGCCGUUUUUGCUUCAAUUCCAGCUCCAAUAGUUGCAGCUUUAUAUUGUCUUUUCUUUGCCUAUGUAGGCUCAGCAGGUCUAGGAUUCCUUCAAUUUUGCAAUUUAAACAGCUUUAGAACUAAAUUCAUCUUAGGGUUCUCCAUUUUCAUGGGCUUCUCCAUACCACAAUACUUCAAUGAGUACACAGCAUUUAAAGGCUACGGUCCUGUACACACAAGAGCAAGAUGGUUUAAUGACAUGAUGAACGUGGCAUUUGCAUCUGAGGCAUUUGUUGGUGGUACAUUGGCACUUAUCUUGGAUGUUACAUUGAGAAAGAAAGACAACCAAAGUAGAAAAGACAGAGGCAUGCACUGGUGGGACAGAUUCCGUUCGUUCAAGACAGAUACCAGGAGUGAAGAGUUUUACUCAUUACCUUUUAAUCUCAACAAGUUUUUCCCUUCUGUCUGAUGCUUUCACAAGUUGCAUGCUCAACUCAACAAAAACAAAACAAAACUGUUUUCUUUAUUUUAACUACACAUUAAUUUAGUAAUAAAACUAUUAUGGUACUGUUUAUUUCUUGUU